UGGAGCCACUGCAGAGCGAGUUAAAUACCGAGACUUACACCUGAGAUUUUCAAACUGGGGCGUGAAGGUCAUCUGCAGUCGCACAGCCAAGGAAACAUGUCUUUCUUCAAGAAAUUCUUCAACGAUGUCAUCCGUAAAAAAGACCCCGUCGAUGACACCGUUAAAGUGAAGGGUCAGCCGAAGCCUAAGUUCUAUGGAACAGUCGCCCCGUACCCGAACUUCAGUGCCAGCCAAGAUGCAGUCACUUUCCAGAGCGCCAUUGAGAGUAAAGAAGUGGACGAGGACGUGAUCAUUGCAAUCCUGGUGAAGAGAAGCAACGAGCAGAGACAGAAGAUCAAAGUAGUUUAUGAGGCGUCCACUGGGAAGAGGCUGGAUAAAGCUCUAAAGUCUGUUCUCAGGUCAGAUUUAGAGGACAUAUCUCUGGCCCUGCUCAUGGAUUCGGUCCACUAUGAUGCCUACCUGCUCAGGAAGGCCACGAAGGGUUUCGGCACAAAUGAAGACAUCCUGGUGGAGAUUCUGGCUACAAGAUCAAACCAAGAGAUUCGAGAGAUUAAGAUGGUCUUCCAAGAAGAGUACCAAUCAGAGCUGGAGGAAGUCAUUCGGGAUGAAACCAGCGGGGACUUCACCUCGGCCCUUCUGGCCAUGUUGAAAGCAAACAAAGACGAGAGCAAGGAAAUCGACAACAAUCAGGCCCGAAAGGACGCAGAGAUUCUGUUCGAGGCCGGUGAGAAUACCAAAGGAAUCAAUGUUUCGACCUUCAUCGACAUCCUGACCACCCGGAACGCGCUGCAGCUCGCAAAGACAUUCCAGCACUACGCCAGUGUCAGUGACGUCACGUUGCCCAAAGCCCUGGACAUGGAGCUGAAGGGAGACAUUGAGGACUGUCUGGUUGACAUUGUGAAAUGUUCCUGGAACACGCCAGCUUUCUUCGCAGAGAAGCUCCAUCUGGCCAUGAAGGGUCACGGCACAUGUGACGACACACUGAUCAGGGUGCUGGUGAGCCGCUCUGAGGUCGACCUGAAGAAGAUCGUGCAGGAAUACAGGGCCAUGUAUGAUGUCAGCUUACAGGACGACAUACUGAAAGACACUAAAGGACAUUAUGAGGCUAUCCUGCUCGGACUGUGUGGACCUCACUGACAUUUUGACCACUCGUCGAGGAGUGGAAGCUAGUUUGUCCACUGGAUGCCACUAGAAUCUCACAUCUUUUUAAAUGAUUAUGAAUAAUGUGUUAUUAAUUUAGUUGAUGUGAUCCAACCAACAAUAAAAAACAACAACA